CAGGAGGGAAAAAUCGACGGAGAGCGGAAGUUCACUCUAGUCGCUCUUACUCUAGCGGGUGUUGCCUCGCUUGGAGGAACCGGGCGGGAGCAGCGCGGCUUGGCUGGCGGUUCCCGGGAUGGGUCGCAACAAGAAGAGGCAGCCGCGGGAGGGUGGUGGCUCAGCAAGCCGGCGGGUCCUCACCUUCGAUGAGGACAGUCGACGGGAAUACUUGACAGGAUUCCACAAGCGUAAGGUCGAGAGGAGGAAAGUGGCUGUCGAGGAGAUAAAACGCAAACUGAAGGAAGAGCAAAAGAAGAUGAAGGAAGAGCGCCACAAGGAGUACAUGAAGAUGUUGAAGGAGAGAGAAGAAGCCUUAGAGGAAGCUGAUGAGUUGGAUCAUCUGGUGACGUCCCAGACGGAAUCAGUGAGCUACGAUCACCCAAACCACACAGUCACUGUUACUACAAUCAGUGACCUGGACCUCUCAGGAACACGCCUGUUGGGACUGCCCACUCAGGAGGGAGAAGAUGAUGGCAUGGAAAGAGAAGAUGCCUCCAGUGUAUCUGCAUGCACAUUGCCGAAGAAAUCUAGAGACCCCUUCCUGUCUCAGAGAAUCUCAUCGCUCACUGCCUCGCUACAUUCCCGUAGCCAGAAAAAGACCAAAGGGAAGCAGACCAGGCACAGUCAAGGUGCAAAGAAGAGAGCCCAGAAACCGAGCACAGGACGAACCAGCAAGUCCCUGCGCCGGAAAAUGACAGGCAGGGGAAGGCGGUUUCAAGACUAAUGGGAAAGCUGAAGGGAAGGCAGCGUAGAGGACUCUUCAGCGGCAGUCUCUGGUCUACAGGGAAAGACCAUAUGAGAUGAACGGGAUCUUUCUUGGAAGCGGCAGUUAAAUACAGAGGUUUCCUGAACUAAGCCAAGAGCUGAGAAAUGCUGGGCCUGUUAAGAAUGAAAUUAAUGUCCUGCGGAGAGGCUGCCUGGUGGUGCUUGGUCUUUACAGGCUGGUGGAAUAAUUGUAUGUAAUAAUGUCUAUGUAUAUGUAAUACAUACAAUUUCUAGACCCCCCAAGAGAAAUGGGGUUGGGAGGCAGAAAAGGGUGUGUUUUGGUGUGUGUUUUACAAGGUGUGGGUGAGAGCUAGAUCUGCUGAACAUCACAAGUCUGUAGGGAGGGAUCCUAUUGACAUUUGUGUUGUGACGUGCAUCCAUGGUGCAUUGUUUUUGUGUGGCCCCAGCCCAUCCUUGCCUGGAAAGCUGAUGCUACGGUUGCUUAGUGCCCAAUCUCGUAUUCAGGUGACCAAGCACAUAGACAGUAAGCAGUGUUCCCCCCACUGUAUGUAUCAUUUAAAAUUUACAAACAUCUUUUGCAAAGAAAGUGUGUGCUUUUGUUCCUCCUAAGUUCCUUUGGACUCUCAGUGGGUUGUGGAGAGAGGCUAUGCCAGCAACUAUUUAUAGAGCGCUUGAGGCAAAAUGCAUUACCAUUUUUAUUGUCAUUUAUCCUCAUAAGGAACCUGUGAGACUGCAAAUACUCCCAGCUGGAAAUGAGAGGCCAGACAAACUGUGUGGCUUGUCUGUGGCUACAGGCAAUGUGUCUUGGGCAGGGUUGAGAUAAAAUCCAGAUCAAAGGCCAUCACUCUGUAUCUAGUGGCUGUCAAAAUAAAAUGGCCCAAAUCCAAAGCACUACUGUAGACCUACCUGUAGGUUUGAAUUCACCCGGUAGAACUUCUUUAUUUUUAUUUGAACAGCAGACCCCUAUGCCAUAAUGCAAAAUGUUCUUUUGAGCCUCCCCUGAAUUUCAUAGAGUAGUGUGUAUAUGCCAUUUAAAUGCAGUGUCCACAGCUCCUUAGGGUUUGUGAAACUAGCUGUGCAAGUCUUUUCAUCUGUUAAUGAUGCCUUCUCAUGAUUAGCAUUUUGGACACACAUACUUUUACAGUCAAAUCCUAGGCAUAUUUAUGCAGAAGUAAGGCCCCCUGUGUUCAUUGGGGGUUUCUCUCAAGGAAGCAUGCAUAGGAUUGCAACCAAGUUGGGCACCAAAACACCUCUUUUAAGUGAGAUUGCAUUGUCUUGUUUUCCUUUGUCUAUUAACAAGAAGACUGUCCACUCUUAGGACAGUCCAGUUAUGCAAGUGGAAGCUGAUCAGUAAGCAAUUCAGAUAUAUUAUGUAUAUAAUUAUAAUUUCUGUAGAAGGUUUUCAAUUUACCAAUCAGUGCACCAUUAGCCAUAGGCAAAGAGAGAGAAUAAGCUAUAUAUGUAUGUAUUGAUUACAUUUAUUUACCGCCUAAUCAAAAAUCUCUAGGUGAUUAUCAAAUGCAUAUAUUAAACAUGAGUAGCACUGUUUUGCUCUAGUUCAAGUUAGCACUGGUAAGGAAACCUAAAACGUUCUGAGGGAAAAAUAGUUUUCUUAUGUUCAGCAUUUCUAAGUGCCAUGUUCUUAUUUUUAACCAGUGGCAAUAAAAUAUUUUACAAUCCUUCA